AUGUCCUGGGCCGUGAACACCGGCCGGCGCCGGAGCGGACGCCGCAGGGCGGAGGCCCCGAUGGCAGGAGAACGCGCGCCGCGCCUGGGCUGGUGUUAUCGCCCCGUCAUCCCCAUCCCCACCGCCGAUGUUGAUGCCGCGGUCCACUACGGUCGCGGCCGGUCCUCCGUGUCCGGCCACACCGUGACCAUCUUCGGCGCCAGUGGUCUGCUCGGUCUCGGCACCGUGCACCGCUUUGCCCGCAUUGGUAGCACCGUCCGCACCCCCUACCGCGGUGACCACUACGAUAUCCGCCACCUCAAGGUCAUGGGCGACCUGGGCCAGGUUGUCCAGAACUUCUACUGCGUCCGCGACAAGGACCGCGUUGCUCAGCUGGUGGAGGGCUCCGACAUCGUCAUCAACCUCAUCGGCCGUGACUACGAGACCGCCAACUUCAAGUUCGAGGACAUCAACAUCGACGCCCCGCGCACCAUUGCCGAGGCCUGCAAGAAGGCCGGCGUCAAGCGCCUCGUCCACGUUUCUCACAUCAACGCCGAUGCCGACUCCGAGGCCAAGCAGUUCUCCACCAAGCGUCUUGGUGAGCUUGCCGUCCUCUCGGAGUUCCCCGAGGCCAGCAUUGUCCGCCCGUCCACCAUGUAUGGUUACGACGACCGCUUCCUCCGCUGGAUCGCCCACAUGAACCGCAACGUCCUUUUCCCCGGCGACCUGGUCGUCAACGGCGGUGAGACCGUCUUCUACCCCACCUACGCCGGUGACGUCGCCCAGGCCAUCCAGAACAUCGCCGUCUCGCCCAACUCCUCCGGUAAGGUGUAUGAGCUCGUUGGUCCCAAGAAGUACACCUACAACGAGAUUCUUCAGAUCUACUCCGACACCACCGGCGCCCCGAUCAGCCCGCUGAACGUCCCGGCCCCCAUCUUCAAGGCCAUCCUGCGCAUGUACGAGCUCCUGCCGUCCAACCGCCUGGCCUCGCGCUCGGAUGUCUACCGGUUGAGCAUCGACGAGACCCCCACCCCCGGUGCCCUGGGCUUCGGCGAUGUCGGCGUCGUCCCCGCCGAGCUGGAGACCAUGGCCCUGCGCUUCCUGCGCCCGUACCGCGUUGUUUCUUAA